CUGGUUCAGCAAAAACACUGGCCGUCUUUCACCAUACCCCGUUAGACCAUUGACCAUUGUUGGCCAUCUUUUUGUAUUGGUUUUCUGACCAGAGGGCAAAGUUCAAGAGGUGGCGCGAGCAAUGCGGAGACAUUUUCAGUCUGCAGUUGGGGUCAAAGGUCCUAGUGGUAUUGAACGGCUAUGACCUGAUCAAAGAGGCCUUAGUACACAAAGCAGAAGACUUCACUGACAGACCUCUCACAGUGGUAGAAAACAUGACGGAGCUACCCCAAUCAGGGGUCGUAGCUUCUUCUGGAAGAACGUGGAAAGAGCAUCGCUCAGUCAGUCUUCAGAUUCUUCGCAAUUUUGGUUUGGGAAAAAACAUCCUAGCCGAAAGAAUACAAGAGGAAGUGUCCUUUUAUAUCAGUUCUUUAUCGGAAUGUCUCGGGAGGCCCACUGACAUCAAGUUGAUGACAACAAUAAGUACGUCUAACAUUAUCUGUUCUAUCAUGUUUGGUCAGAGAUUCGACUACACUGACCCGUCCCUCGUUAAGCUCACAUUUCUUGUGGACAGCAUCUUCCGAACUUUCCAAUUAAACGGUGUGGUCAAUUUCAUCCCAGUGCUGCAAUACCUGCCUGGGGACUUGUUUCACCUGAAGAAAUUGGAAGCGGAUGUACAAGAAAUGUUACGGCUCUUGAGUGUAUUUAUAGAAGCGUGUCGAGACGGAAACAAGGGGGACAAUCUGGUUACCGAGUAUCUACAAGAACUGAGCAGACGCAAGGAGAAUGGCGCCGAUACCACUAUGUGUGAGAAUGGUCUGAAGCGGCUUGUGUUUGAUUUUUUCAACGCUGGAACGGAGCCUACUUCCACUACUAUCGACUGGUUUGUACUGUACAUGUUACAUCAUCCAGAUGUCCAGAAGAAAGUAUUCGAUGAAAUUAAUGAACAUGUUGGAACUGAGAGAGAACCAAACAUCCGAGACAAACCGAAUCUGACGUACUUGAACGCAGCUAUCAUGGAGACUCAGAGACUGGCCAGUAUCGCCCCUUAUUCUUUAGUUCACACAUGUCCGAGGGAUGUAAAUAUCAGAGGCUACACUAUUCCAAAAGGCACAUACAUCACUCCUUCUCUUGACUCAGUCUUACAUGAUGCGAAAAUCUGGGGAAAUGAUGUCAUGAGCUUCAGACCGGAGAGGUUUAUUGAUCAAGAGGGAAAACUUCUAACGCCUGAACAGUUUGUUCCGUUCGGUGUGGGAAAACGCGAUUGUUUUGGCGAGAGCAUGGCCAAAGCAGAACUCUUUUUAUAUUUGUCCAACAUAUUUCAGAAAUUUGAAUUUCGACCGACUGAACAGGGCAACCCGCCUCCACUGAAAUACCACCUUGGAGUUACAGCAGUGCCCUUGCCCUACCAUGUGAGAAUCGUCUCUAGAAUUUAAUUUUCUUUCCCUACAUCGACCCCCAAACUAAGGCCCGAGGUCUAUAUCCGUCGGUCACGUUGCUGGAAACCUGGCCACAAUGCAAACUGAAUCCACUGAGUUAUAGUGAUGGGAUGGUGUGGCGGUGACUCGAGGCGUCAGUUUAUAUGGAUACAAUUGUAUCGCUAGUAUCACUGUAUCACAGUAUUACUAGUGUCAUUGUAUUACUAGUAAUAUUAUAUCACUAGUAUCACUGUAUCACAAAAUUACCAGUGUCAUUGUAUCACUAGCAUUUUUAUAUCACUAGUAUCACUACUAUUACUGUAUCACUAGUUUCAUUGAAUCAUUGGGUCAUUAUAUCUCUAGUAUCACUAAUAUCACUACCACUGUAUCACUUGUAUAAACGUAUUAAUAAUACUGCUAGUAUCACCAUCACUAAUUUCAAUGAAUCAUUGCGUCAUUAUAUCUCUAGUAUCAUAAUAUCAUUACCAUUGUAUCAUUUGUAUCAAUGUAUUAAUAAUACUGCUAGUAUUACUAUCACAGUAUCACUAGUAUCACUAUCACAGUAUCACUAGUAUCACCAUUACAAGCAUCACUGUAUCACUAGUUUCACUGAAUCAUUGUAUCAUUAUAUCUCUAGUAUCACUAAUAUCACUACCACUGUAUGACUUGUAUAAACGUAUUAAUAAUACUGCUAGUAUCACUAUCACUAGUUUCACUGAAUCAUUGCGUCAUUAUAUCUCUAGUAUCAUAAUAUCAUUACCACUGUAUCACUUGUAUUAAUGUAUUAAUAAUACUGCUAGUAUCACUAUCACAGUAUCACUAGUAUCACUAUCACAGUAUCACUAUUACUAGCAUCACUGUAUCACUAGU